AUGGUGCUUGUGGAUCAGGUCGCUUCUCAGGACGUCCAUGUCAGCAGUAUUAGUAAACGGAGUGCCAGGACCCUGGAUAACAUGCAAACGAGAGCUGCGACAGGGGGACCCCAUUUCCCAUACCUAUCCUUGCUUGUGGCUGAUGUGCUUCAGGCUCUGAUCAAUCACGACGGCUCUAUCUCCCAUCCUCUUGCACCAGAAAGGAGCUGCCCCAUUCUUCAAUAUGCGGAUGACACGCUGCUACUUAUCCCUGCAGAGCUAGGUGCAGUUCAGACACUCGAAUCCCUCCUGGACCAAUUCUCAGCCGCUACAGGCCUGAAGAUCAACUACCACAAAAGCACCUUGGUGCCAAUGCACAGUUCUGAAGCAGCGUGCAGCCAGUUCAAAGCAGUUCUGCAGUGCAAAGUUGACAGUUUCCCUCAGGUGUACCUGGGGCUCCCCCUCUGA